AUGACAGAUAUGAUGUAUAGUGGUAUACAUGAUUUUCAAGAUACAUAUCGUUGUUAUCCUGUAGAUGAUAAAAGAUUAAAUGUAUACUAUGGUGGCAAAACGUUAGCAAAAUUGUCAAGUUUACAUAUAGUUUAUCCGAUGUUAUUUAGACUUCACAAUAAAAAAAUCAAUAAACAUUCACAUGCAGGAGUACUCGAAUUUAUUGCACCAGAAGGGCAUGUGUAUUUACCUCAAUGGCUGAUGGAAACACUUUCAUUGGAAACGGGAGAUUUGGUUGAUAUUAAGAAUGCUACAUUACCAUUAGGAAAAUUUGUUAAAAUUCAACCACAAACUGAAAAUUUUUUGGAUAUAACUGACCAAAAGGCCGUAUUGGAAAAUGCAUUUAGAAAUUUUUCAACAUUAACUCAAGAAGAUUAUAUUCAAAUAUAUUAUAAUAAAAAAACUUAUAAAAUUAAAGUUUUGGAAGUUAAAUCUGAAGAUGGUAAAGCCAAUGGAAUAUCAAUUUUGGAAACUGAUUUGGAGGUUGAUUUUGCACCACCACCAGGAUAUAAAGAAAAGAAAGAAUCUCAACAAAAAAAUUCUACUAUGGUGGAUAAAUUGAAGAUAGAACAAUCACAAGAUGAAUCAAGAGGAUUUUCUGCAUUUCAAGGCAGUGGACAAAAUCUAAAAGGAACCAAGGUGAGUAACGUACAACAAAAUGAAUCAGAUAAUGCGCCGGCACCUUUGAGAAUGCCAUUUGGAAAAUUAUUUUUUGGAUAUAAAGUUGUUCCUUUUAAAUCACCAAAGGAUAAAAUAACGGAAGAACCGGUUUUGAAAUUUCCUGGGGAAGAAGAUAUGCCAAUUCAUGUUUAUGAAGGAUAUCUAACAACCCAUUCGAAAACCUUUUCAUCUAUUCUGCCAUUACCACCGAAUAAUUCAUCAACCACCAGUCAAAGAAAUCGUGAUAAGAAAGGUAGCCACGUGAGACUUCACUUAGUGACGAUGGAAGUGUAA